UCUCUCCCUUAAUCCCAUUUGCCAUUGUACAUGCCCAAUCGCCUAUACUUUCCGCAUUUAACUUGGAUGACAUUUUUAUUUCAUCAUUAGCAUCAGACACCAGACUGACUGACACGGUGGACACAGUUUUGCGUUUUAACGGAAGAGCCCGGGAUGAGGCAUCUCCAUGUUUGUACUUGUGUGUGCUUUUUUUGCCUCCCAAACAGUUUAUUUCAUUAUUUUCUAGCCUAGACGGACGUGUGUUUUUUGGUGCGCUUUUCGGCUGUGAAGUCAAGUUUCAGAGAAUAAAACAGGAACUCCUCGUAGCCAGGAUAACAACAGCCUGUACGUUAAUCUUGCCUUUGCCCCCCUUUUAAAUUCCUGCUUCCGUGGUCCCCCGCGCUCAGACCACAACGACAGCGAUGCCAGAGACAACACAAGAGACGUGCGCUUCGGCCAAGGACUCUCCUUUCUUCAUUAAAAACCUGCUGAACUGUGAUAGCAAACCGUCCAAGCCCAAGCCCUUAUUGGCUGCCACCAAGGCAGGUUUAGAGGGAGGAUUUUCCCUUUCCCAGGUUGGCGACUUCAACUUUCCACGCUUUGACCUGCCCGCACAGAGAUUCAGUCUACCGGCUCACUACUUGGAGCGCACCUCAGCAUGGUGGUACCCUUACACCCUCAACUCAGCCGCCCAUCUACACAGAGCUGAAGUCACCGAGAAACCAGGAGCCAGAGACUCCUCUCCAACUUCGGGCACAGACAGAGACUCGCCGGACCUAGCACUCAAAUCCGAGCCGGACACCAAAGAUGACGACGAGGACGACGAGCACAACAACAACAAAAGCAGUGACGAGAUAAUCCUGGAAGAAAGCGACACAGAAGAAGCCAAAAAAGAUGAGCUGGAGGAAUGGAAGAAAAGGGACGAGGACAAGAAGCCCUGCCGCAAGAAGAAGACACGCACAGUGUUCUCACGGAGUCAGGUGUUCCAGCUGGAGUCCACCUUCGACAUGAAGCGGUACCUGAGUAGCUCGGAGCGGGCCGGCCUGGCCGCGUCCCUUCACCUGACGGAGACUCAAGUGAAGAUAUGGUUUCAGAACAGGAGGAACAAGUGGAAAAGGCAGCUGGCGGCGGAGCUAGAGGCCGCCAACCUGAGCCACGCUGCGGCGCAGAGGAUAGUCCGGGUGCCCAUCCUCUACCAUGAGAACUCGGCCUCGGAGAGCGGAGGCGCCACUGCCAACGUGCCCGUCAGCCAACCGCUCCUCACUUUCCCGCACCCCGGCGUCUACUACUCCCAUCCCAUCGUAACAUCUGUGCCGCUGCUCAGACCAGUUUGAAAACAGUUGAGUUUUUAGACACAAGUUGGUGUCGAUUUCCUAUAUCAACUCAUAAAAAGAAAAUAAAAAUAAAAAAGACAAAAUAUUUUUAUACAAUCGAGUGAAUGAAAAAAGGAAACGGAGAGACUGUCGCUGUCAGGCUUACAUGGCCCUAUUUUGGCAAAUAGAUUUUCAUUUUUCAUAAAGGUGUCGUUUACACGUGAUCUGACAAUUUGAAUCCCAUUAUUAUUAUUAUUAUUAUUAUUAUUAUUAUUAUUAUUAUUAUUAUUAUUAUUAUCAUCUCAGGAGUCCACUUGCUUACA